AUGCGUUGCGAAAAUGUUCCCCGUGAAACAGGUUUGAAAAAUAUCAGGGACGAUCAAAUUAUAAACGCCGAUGAACAUAUUAAUCAAAAUCAAGACGACUACUGUGAAGAUGUAGAAGAAAGAGGUGCAAUGCCUGAUGAUAUUUUUUUAAAUAAUAUCAGAGGUCUAAACAUACAGCAGAAGAAUUUAUGUCAAAGAAUUUCUACGGCCAUUGAAAAAGAUUUACAUGGUGAUGAUGAAAAGUUGUUCCUUUUUAUAACUGGAGGAGCUAGCAGUGGCAAAUCAUUUGUUAUAACAUUACUCCUCAAGCACAUUAAGAGGAGUUAUGCGCCUACAGUUGAUUUGCUUCUAAAGCCUAAAUUUGUUGAGGUAGGUUCAUUGACUGGUGUCGCCGCCCGCCAGGUACUUGGCAAAACAUUGCAUUCACUUUUUUCUCUUCCCAUCGAAAAAGGUAAUUCAACUGCAUAUAGACGCUUAACUGGUGAAAACUUAGAACAGGAAAGACGUAAAUGGCGUAACAUAAGUUGA